UUUACCUGUUUGGGAUUUUGACAAGCUCCAGACUCUGUGUGUGGCUGGGGAUUGACUGCUUUGCAAAUGGGUAUUUCUUCACAAGAACUGUUUCCAGCACUCACUGAGACAGACCUCUCAGUAACUGGGGACCUGGCCGGCCUUGCCUACUGAGCUUGGGGGAAAACUGGAUGCAGAUGAGUUGAUUAUAUUUCAUGAAGUCAUAGCUCACCACCUGCCAGGGUUUAAACUACUUCUGUAGCAUCACUUCACCUGUGGACUCUUUGAAAUUUUGCUUUGUUGGGGGAAAAAAAAAACUGGGGUAAGAGGAGGUUGUUUUUAACAAGUUAGCAUCCUCUCCUUCCCUUAUAAGUUGCUGCAAAGGAUCAGGCUGUGACUCCAUUGGAUCGCUCCUUCACAUCAAAAUAGGAGAAGAAAAAGAAGAAAGGUACCAUGGCUCUGAGUGGCAACUGUAGUCGUUAUUAUGCUCGAGAACAAGGGGCUGCAGUUCCCAACUCCUUCCCCGAGGUCGUGGAGCUGAAUGUUGGGGGUCAAGUUUAUUUUACUCGCCAUUCCACAUUAAUAAGCAUCCCUCAUUCCCUCCUGUGGAAAAUGUUUUCCCCAAAGAGAGACACAGCUAACGACCUAGCCAAGGACUCCAAGGGAAGGUUUUUCAUUGACAGAGAUGGAUUCUUGUUCCGUUAUAUUCUGGACUAUCUCAGGGACAGGCAGGUGGUCCUGCCUGAUCACUUUCCAGAAAGGGGAAGACUGAAAAGAGAAGCUGAGUACUUCCAGCUCCCAGACUUGGUCAAACUCCUGACCCCCGAUGAAAUCAAGCAAAGCCCAGAUGAAUUCUGCCACAGCGACUUUGAAGAUGUCUCCCAAGGAAGUGACACGAGAAUCUGCCCCCCUUCCUCACUGCUCCCUGCUGACCGCAAGUGGGGUUUUAUUACUGUGGGUUACAGGGGGUCCUGCACCAUGGGCAGAGAGGGGCAGGCGGAUGCCAAGUUUCGGAGAGUUCCCCGGAUUUUGGUUUGUGGAAGGAUUUCCUUGGCGAAGGAGGUCUUUGGAGAAACUUUGAAUGAGAGCAGAGACCCUGACCGAGCCCCAGAAAGAUACACGUCCAGAUUUUAUCUCAAAUUCAGGCAUCUGGAAAGGGCUUUUGAUAUGUUGUCAGAAUGUGGAUUCCACAUGGUGGCCUGCAACUCCUCAGUGACAGCAUCUUUCGUCAACCAAUAUACAGAUGACAAGAUCUGGUCAAGUUAUACUGAGUACGUCUUCUACCGUGAGCCUUCCAGGUGGUCAUCAUCGCACUGUGAUUGCUGCUGCAAGAACGGUAAGGGUGACAAAGAAGGAGAGAGCGGCACCUCCUGCAACGACCUCUCCACCUCCAGCUGCGACAGCCAGUCUGAGGCCAGCUCUCCCCAGGAGACAGUCAUCUGUGGGCCCGUGACACGCCAGACCAACAUCCAGACUCUGGACCGUCCCAUCAAGAAGGGCCCCGUCCAGCUGAUCCAGCAGUCAGAGAUGCGACGGAAAAGUGACCUGCUCCGGACUCUGACUUCCGGCUCCAGGGAGUCGAACAUGAGUAGCAAAAAAAAAGCUGUUAAGGAAAAGCUGUCAAUUGAGGAAGAGCUGGAGAAAUGCAUCCAGGAUUUCCUAAAGAUCAAAAUUCCAGAUAGGUUCCCAGAGAGAAAACACCCUUGGCAAUCUGAACUUUUACGGAAGUAUCAUCUAUAGGGGCGGAUGGGGGGUGGGGGUGGGAGAAAAAACAGCGUGUCACCGUUUUGAAAUAAACCUCCUGAAAGAAAUCCAUAUUUGAAAAGAGAAAACAACAACCAACAGUACACAUUUGUUAGAACACAAUAGCCCAUUGAUCUACUACUGCCUAUUUACCUGGUUCACCUUAACAUGUCAAUCCACAGGGUAGAUUUCUUUCCAGAUGUGGAAGUAUAAGAAAUUCUCUCUCUCUCUUUUUUUGGUUCUUUGUCUGUUUGUUAACUUGGUCCCAUGUGCUGAGUAUCUUGUCUAUAGAUGAGAGCCAGCGACGUAAGAACAGCUGAGAGGCCUUGGGAAUCAUCUAUCCCAAACUGGGUUUUUCCUCUCUUCUUCUACCUCCCUCCGUUGAAUGAAAAUUAUGGUAGCGAUCUGGCCCAAUGCCAUAGGUUUGGAUUUUUAAAUUUUCCUUUUUCCCUUUGUUUCUGGGGUGAUGGGGGGAAAGUGGCAGAUUUAUAUGACUUUUCACUCAAAUUGAUUAUGUGCCAGUUUAUAUUGACUCCGUAUGCAUGAGUAUUUGUGCAACAGAAGCACAACCAAGUAUGUAUAUACACCCAGAGCACAGGACCCCAGGGCCUGGGCCUCCUAGGGGUUGUUCCUGCCCCCACAGCGCCCUCUUCGAAUCCUGCAGCCACAGGAGCCUCUGCUUUUUUCUUAAAACCCUUCUGGGAAGAUUUCUGAGCCUCUCUUGGCAUCAUUUCCUUACAUCUACUAACCCCCAUCAUCAGCAAAUUGUCUUCCUUAUUUGGAAUUGAACACCCUCAGGCUCCAUUUUACUGCACUGCUCUCUCUCAGCCCUAGGAGAAGGUGAGAAGAGCUAGUCACACGUUCUUAGUAUUUUAAAAAACCCAAACAUCCGUAUCCACAAAAGUUCCUGCAAAAUGACCCCGAUUCAGCCUUCUCUACCCUGAGCUGAAUUACCUUUCUUCUCUCGCUGUUUCUGCCCGUGUUUUAAUGGUUGACCUUUCCACGUACUCCACGUGAAGUUCUCUGCAUUCCUGUGUAGUUGUGGCAGUAAGAACAGCACACAGUACUUGAAUAAGGGUCCAGCCUUUUGUUUUAAGGGGAAGUUGUAUUUCACACAUCCCCUAAUAAUUUCUCAUAACUUUUUAAAACGACAGUGCUUCACUGUUACUUCCUUGUAGCCAGGUUUGUUUGCCUUUGGAAUCUGGGCUUUGGCUGUGUCCAUACUAGAAUUUGGCUCUCACUUCUCUGAUGUCUUUGAACAACCCAACUAGAUAAUUGAAGCCCUGAAAUUAAGAGUUGGGCUUUCUAAACAGUCUUUCUUUCUUGUUUACAUCCUUGACCUGUAUGGACACAACCAAAGAGAAACUGUUAAUAGCCAUCCAUCCAUGUGACUCUGUAUUCUAUUAAUGUUAAUGUACUCAUAGUUUUUUCAUAGAUUUGUGGUAAAUGAAGACUACAGGGCAAGAUUUGACUUUCAGCAUUCCUCAUGCAUUUCAGUGGGAACUGAAAAAAUAUUUUUUUUCCAUCCUCAAUUGUGUGCCAAGAACUCCUAUUUUUUUUUUUUUUUUUAAUUUUGUGUGUGUGGGUAUGUGUAUACGUACCACAGGUAAUAAAGGCAACUGGAUGAUGUCUAUGGGAGGGAGACAUAGUGACCUAUUGCUUCCCAUUGAAAUCUUUCAUUGAUGCAUAUUAUUAUGUAAGAGGUGUAUCUUGAUACUUGUUAUUAGUGCUCAUUAACAUAUGGAUAGCUUUCUGAAUUUUUGUUAAUUCUUACCUUCACACCUGGGCAACAGACUCAGCCAAUGUUUUCUUGUCCUGAUGGUUCAAAUGGACUUAACAAUUUGGCUGAAGUGAAAAAAGAAAGAUCAUUUUGGGAGUUGUGUUGUAAGACAAUUAUAUUUAUGAAUUUAAGUGCUGUUUUUUUCAUUCAUUAGUGUAUCAGCAGACAUUUGAUCUUAACUACAACUUAGCUUUGUAAAGCCUACCAGUAUGUCUUUACUGUUUUCAGUGUUUCUUUAUACCAUUUCAUAUUCGUCAUAUUGGUAAUAGAAGAUUCUGCAAAGGAUCAUAGAACUUAAUGGGUCAAGAAGUUGAAUUUGGUGAAAAUAUCCCCAAACUCACUUUGCCCAAAUGGUUCUUAUGGUCCUAUUGGAAGUUCUGUCAAAGAGUUGGGGGUCUAACUAAAAUGGCCAGAGUCCCAACUUUCUUAAAUUUCAGACCUGAUUGUAAUGGCUUCAAGAUAUAAACACACUAGUAAGAAUUGGAGAACUAGUAAGAUGGCCAUCAACUCACUAUUCCUACUAUGUAUGUACUUUAAAUAGGAAAUGAAACAUUGCAAAGAAAAUGUUCAUGGCAUUUCUCUGUUCUUUGACCUGUCAUUUUUUUUUUUUUUCUCUUUAGGCUAUCUUUAUACCCCCCAGAAAACAAAACCAGUGGUGGCAAGUCUGUUUAAAGUAGUAAUAUUUUUAAUUGGGGUCAGCUCAAACCAAAUACUUCACAUAGCUGAAACAGCAACAGAGUGUUCAUUUGUGUGGUUGUUGGCAUGGAAAUAACAGUUAAAGUUAGUCAUUCAGUUGUGUUCAACUCUUUGUGACCCCAUGGACUGUAGCCCGCCAGGCUCCUUUGUCCAUGGAA